AUGUGUUGGGGAUCCUGCUUCGUCGCAGGUGUGGGCGCUUCCGACCUUUCCUUCCGCACGGCCGACACGCCAUCCUGGUACGGUAUCGACGACAUAGGGAUUAUCGCCCUCUACGACAAGUUCGCUUCUGCGCAUCUGACGCUGCUCGACCGCGUCCACGUGCACUUCCAGCCCGACGCCAAUCUGAUGACUGGGCUGUGGACCACUCUGGCAGCGGGAGAGACACUCGAAAUCGCCAGUGAAACCAUGUGGAUCUACGACUGCAGCAUCGAUGCCCUGAGCCCUGACAAGGUGAGUUUCUCAGACACGAGCGAAGCCCUUGCGCAGGCAAGGUGCCCGUUGUCAGCACCGACGCCAAUCCCGACGCCCGCGCCACCGACUGGAGCGACUCCAGCUGCGACUGAGGGAGCCUCCUCCACCGUGGGCGAUCCCCACCUGUAA